GAUCCACCCGACCCCCCGAACUGGUGACAGCAACUCAAGACACACGAACAUCAUCUCCCUUCCGAGGCCUGACGGAACCACGAAACAUUUAACCGGCACCCCUGAUCGAUCACUCCACAAGCAUGGCUCUAACCCGAUACGCUCUCCGAUCCCGGUCAAUUGCCAGACCCGCCCUUUCCAAAAUCAACACUGUCCCGAAGUUGGCGGCUUACUCCACGAGGGUGUCAUUUCAACCUUUGAGCAGUGGUUCUCGGAGUACCAUCCCUCAAUUCUCCCCUGCACUCAACCGUCCAACGAUCAACCUCCAGUCGAUUCGAUUCGCAAGUGGGGGUUCAUUGAGCAAGGAUGACAUUCAACGUAGAAUCCUCGAAGUGUUGGGCAGCUUUGAAAAAUGUGACCCCGCCAAGAUUACCCCUACGGCCUCAUUCACCACCGACCUGGGUCUGGACUCUUUAGAUGCCGUCGAAGUUGUCAUGGCGAUUGAAGAGGAGUUCUCGAUUGAAAUACCGGAUGAGGAAGCCGAUCAAAUCACUACGGUUAGCGAAGCUAUCUCAUACAUCGAAAGAACCCCCGAGGCAAUAUAAGUUUACCGAGGAAGGGCCCUCGUCACAAAUGAAAAAUAAAAAAUAAACCAUCAUUUUUCAUUCCCCUACCCCUGAACCCGUCUUAUGAGCGAAAUAAAAUCAUCUGUUUAAAUAUUGAUUGAUAUCGCCCCAGAACCCAGUUAAAGAAGCAUCAAGCAAGUUAUACAGUGGGGUUACCAUUGAUACAGUACAGCCCAACCAAACUUGAACUGAUGAUGUUUCUACCUAAUAGAAUUGAAUCUUUUCUGAAUCCCUCUCAGUAUUUUAUUGAUUGAUAUUAGGGCUGGGAAGAAGGAAUGGAUGUCCAGUUAGCCUUCAACCAUGGCAUCCUGCA